GUUCCUUCCUGAAUCACCCCAUCUCAUAUCACGAAGCCUGGACAUUCUUCCGUGCUUCCUGCAUGCAACUUCGGCAGUGUAGUCUUCCAUCGUGUGUGAGCAUAUGUGGUAUUUUCGGAGAAGAUGAGACCAGGUGGGGGAGUCACUCAUAGGCGCAUGCAUAGCCUCGCUGUUUGAUGGUCGAUCGAUGGGUCGCCAAUCUCAUCUUGCCCGGCUGGCGCUGGGCAGGUCACCGUUCGAUGCACCACUUCAAGACGAGAAUGGAGAGUUCUUUAUGGGACCAAAUGCCCAACAUGGCACUGCACGAGGUUAUGUGCAGCAAUUUGACUCUCGUGGUCAUCCGCAGAACCUGGAGUCUGAAGCUGCAAGACGAAGGCUAAUCCGUGCACAAAACGAUGCACUAUCCACGGUCGGCGUCGUCGUACGAAAGGCCAAAAAGGAUCGCACUAGCUGGCAGAGGAUGAAUGAGAAGCAAAAGGUCCAAGUUCUGUUUGACGAGAACAAUGCAGGGGCAAGAUUCGCCCUUGUGGAGACGCUUCUUCAUAAUCUUUCCACUCGAUGGAUAGCGACCUUGAGGCACCGAAUACUUACCUACAAAUCGUACGUUGGCCUUUCAGUUCCUCAGAUAGUCGCCACAGAAUGGAAGGUCGUCGGCCCCAGGGCGUUCUUCCUUGCUGGUCUCCCUUCUGGAAUGAUUGCAGGGGUCAGUCAGUCAAUGAGGGAUGACGCAUUGAACGACGAGUACUAUGCAAACCUACUGCGGCCUGCCGGAAUAUUUCACCCAGCUAGCAUUGCCAGAUUGAUUCGUACUCAUUGCCUUCGUAUCCUCUGGUACGCGAUCGAAUACCCUUUCUAUGCUUCUGCAGUACUACAAUCUCUGUACAUCCUACCAAGUCAUGCUGUCCCGCAUCCUCUCGCCUUGAUCCCGUUCAGUGGUAGAUCACUUAUCCGGCUUCCUCACCCACUUUCACGUAACUCCUCACCUUCAUUGCUGGCGUACGCCGCCAGGCUAUUGUUCACCCCUUUUGUACUCGCCUAUAUAAGAGACCAGAUGGGACAAUAUCUGUUUAUGCCUAUCUACACACUGGUUGUUGACCACGUUGUUCGACCCUUUCGGCCCGACCGACUAUCCCUUCAAGGCGCAAAUGUCCAUUCCACGAAUGAGAUCACAAAGCACCGGCAUCUUGACACGAGACUGGAGCUUCGCCAAUACGAGCCGUCCACAUGGGUGGAGACUUUCGGGGCCUUUUUUCCGGCAAUGUCCUGGUUGUGGCAGAAAAUGUUGCAAACACAGGGCGCUUCCUUUGCGAUCGAGCUCACUCCGAAGAUCAAAGAGGACUUGUAUCUGAGGAGCUGUCAUUACUACCAAGACCUCGUCCGUCGCGAUCGAGAAUUGCCUUCCAGUCCCAGACGUGAACCUGAAGAGCUGCGCGGCAUGGCCAUUCGUGCCGCCUUCACCGACUUCAACCUUGACCCAGACCGGGCCAUGGGUUAUAUAACCGAGAUGGAAGACGACAUGGGUAUAUCGGGCAGCGAUGCAUCGACUUCAACGCCAGAGCCAGAAGAAGCACUUCUCAGCAUGUUUAUGGAAGAUUCGAGGCAUGAAGACAUCGUUCGAGACCGACUGGCGGAUGAAAGACAACCAGACAUUGAAGCGAGACACCCACAGUCCUCACCAGACAUGACCACCGAAGAGAGUCAGCCACGUGUGGAUGAUCAGGGAGAGACUUUCACAGAGAUUCGUCGAGCUGAUUCAGGGCACGACACACCUUCGACGGGGCCCAUUGCCCAACCUGCUGUGCCUCUGGAGACUUUACUGGAACCUGUAUCAUCAAGCACGGAAGAAAACACGUGGGGUCGUCCGUCAACCCCGAUACCAGGUCGUCUCGAGUCGGACUACGCUUUAUCGAUCCCGUCUAGUCCCUCCGACAUUCCGAUACCUGGCAUAUCACGAGCUGCCAGCUUAGCAACCACGCCCUUGAGACCGGUGCGACGGCCUACCGAUAUCAAUGAAGAUGAUCGCCCAUGGAGAGAUGAUUUGUUUUAUCAUCCACGCCCAGAGAAACGUGUACGGCAUGAAGAUCGCGGGACGUAUCGGGUUACUCUGCUAUCGAAUUUUCCGGCGGAUACACUCGCUCAUGGCGUUGCAUCCGUCGUCACUUCCACUCUGCUGCUGCCCAUCGACAUACUCUUUUUACGAUCUCUCGUAGAGAACUUUCUACGGCAGCCUCCUCUUGGAGUUCAUACUACACACACAUCGAUAUUACUCGGUGAGCCGUGGCCGUUAGGGUUCUUCUUUCAAACGGAACAUGGAUCUCGAUGGCUUCAAACACUGGGGAAUUGGUCCAUCACACUUGCGAUGCAGAGCUUGGUAAAGAUUCUGAUGUGGAGGGCUAGCACUCAAUGCGUACUGUACCUAGGGCGUCGAUUCGGCUGGGGCAAGAUCUGAGAGGAGGUAGCAGUGAUACCGACAGAUGCAUGUUUUUGGUGUUACUUGACAUUAGCGAUGCACUAGAGCACUAUUGUAAUAAUAAAUAUCGCCAGGCGAA